AUGGAAGAAGAAGUUGUAGCUGAAGAUGCCAGUUUCAGUCAUGGAGCUGAAGCAGAGGCCAGUUAUAGAAGUGAAGAUGGACCAGAUGAGGAGGGACAGGAGAACAAGGUCUGGGAGAAUGUGAUGGAGGAGAAGGAACAACUUAUGAUGGACUUGCAGAUGGACUUCUGGGGGCGGCACAGCGAGCUAGACAACCAGAUCGACACGUCCACCACCAUGACCUCAGAAAUAUCGUCUAGAACAUACGAAACUUGCUGUGAGGAAAUCACUACUUCCUCUAAAUCUGAGCAACAUGUCACUGGUUCGAGCAUCGACAAAUCAGAGGUCGAUAGAUUGAGAGAGCUGAAUGAACGCCUUGGCAAAACGAUAGCUUUCCUGAUGAAGCAGAACAACUCUCUGAGGGUUAAGGUGGAGCGUCUGACAAAAAAGGAGAGAGAGAUAAGUUCCGUUUCAUGGGAGGAGGAAAAAUCCAACAGAGCUGAGGAGAUUGAGGUGCUUGAGGAGAAGAACAAAAGUCUGAAUCAGAGCCUGGAGAAGGAGAUCAACGGAAGAAUCGAAGCAGAGAAAAAACUUGGGAUUUUGGAAAGGGAGCAAGAAGAACUCAAGCUGGAAAUCAAGAAACUGGAAAAGAAAAUUAACAUAAAGGAGGAGACGAUUUCUAAAUUGAAGGAGAUAAAUGAAACGGAAAAGGAACAGACAUUGGAGACAACGGAAAUCACUAGGAAAGGUGGCUUCAAUGUCGACAUUGUUGAUGGUAUCGGGAUUGACAUUGGGGAAUUAAGGAAGAAUAUCUUGGAAAUCUCUGAAAAGAAAUUCACUGACAUUAAAAGUCAUUACAAAACCAAGGUGGAGGAAUUGGAAAAGACAGUUACUGAGAAAGAAGCAGAACUCGCUGAGGCCCGUGAGGAGAACAUUAAGUAUGCUCGUCAGAUUGAGGAUUAUCAAUCAGAGGUCUCCUCCUUCAAAGAAAAAUUAGAGAAAGCAGACGUACGAUAUUUGACGGAAAUAUCACGUUUAAAUAAAGAAAUCCAAAAGAUUAAAGCAGAGAUAAAGGCCAUGGAGGAAAAGACAGAGAUUCAUUCUCAAACUACUGAGGAAACCACCAAGGUGGAGUUGGACACAGAACUGCUUAUCUACAAGGAAUAUCUAGAUCUUAUGGAGGGCAGGUUCAAGAUACAUGAGACAGACGAAUCCGCUGGUGGAGAAUAUUUUGUAUCAGAGGAAAGCACGGAAACCAUGAAAAAGACAGAGACAAAGACUAAAAUUGUCGAAGCCUACUAUGAUCAGGAGAAGAUUCAUCACAGUCAGGAAACAGAAACAAGGUAA